GACUGAUCUGAAGAACAUGAACCUUAUUUUACACAUAUUCGGAAGAUUGAUUACUGAGGAGAUGGAUACAUAAAUUAUGUUUAAAUAAGGUCAAGGAUGAUGAUUUGAGUAUGUAGGUUGGUAAGGAAUUCCAAAGCAAGGUAGCCCACAUGACAACGGAUUUUUUAAAGGAAACAGUUCUAUGGAAAGGAAUAAACAGGUUUGAGGGCUGCGAUCUCGUGUUGAACGAAUGAACAGAGGAACAAGGAGUAAACAAAUCGAGAAUGUAAGAAGGUUUAUUGGUUGAAAAGGUUCGAUAAAAGAAUACACCUAGGAAGUAUUGCCGUCGGAAGACUGGAUAGAGCCACUUCAACUCGAUUCCAGAUAGAUUAGCUGAAAUGUUAACCACAUUAGAGAGAUGCUUUCAAGUAUUAGCAGCAGUCUACUAUGGGAUUCUGAUAUCAUUGCAUCUAACUCUAUUGUUGUUAAUGCUUUAUAUAACUUUCUUCACAAAAUAUUGGUAUAUUAUUCUUGUAUUGGUUUUAUGGACAUGGUUUGAUAAGGAAACACCAUUUAAAGGUGGUAGGCGGUUGUGGAUUUGUGGGGCAAUUCCUAUUCUAAGGUAUUUGCGAGACUAUUUUCCAGUGACACUUAUAAAAACAGCCGAAUUGGACCCCAAUAGGAAUUAUAUGUUCUGUAAUCAUCCUCAUGGAUUUUUUUCCACUGGUAUUUUUGUUAAUUUUCUAACUCAAUUCUCUCCGAAAAAUCAACUAUUUCCAAAUUUGAAAUUUUACUUGGCUGCAGUAGAUUCUCAUUUAACAUUUCCACUACUGAGAGAUUUAUUUUUAGGAUUUGGUUUUAUAUCUUCAUCUAAAAGAAGCUUAGCAUUCCUCCUGAACAAUACCAAAAAAGGUAAUGUUGUUAACUUGAAUGUUGGUGGAGGAGAAGAAAUUAUUUACUCUAUACCGGGACAAUACAAGUUAAUAUUAAAAAGGAGAAAGGGUUUCAUCAAAUUAGCUCUUAAUUUGGGUUGUUGUUUGGUACCUGUAAUCCAUUUUGGUUUGAAUGAUAUUUAUGAAGUACUAAAACCUAUACCAGGAACUAUAUUAUACAAAUUACUGCAAGUGUUGAAGCAUAUGACAGGAAUGGUCAUAGCACUUCCAGUUGGAGACUAUGGAAUUCCAUGUAUACCAAAACGAAGACCAAUUACUACCAUUGUUGGAAAGCCCGUCGAAAUACCAAAAAUCGAAGAACCUACUCAAGAACAGAUUGACUACUACCAUACAUUAUACACUGAGGAACUGAUGAAACUAUUUGAAGAGGAGAAACACAAAUAUGUCAAAGAUUCAGAAAAUGUCCAUUUGGUUGUCGAAGAAUGAUAUCGUGAUUAUUCAUUCUACUUAAAAUUAACAGACAUUUAAACAGUUGUGACUUGACUAAUUUAAAACCCUUUUAGUUAUAGUUCAUAUGUUUGUAUGUAAUUCGUUAUAUAUAUACAUUUAUUUUAUUUUUUCGAUUAGUAUUACAGACCAUGAAGAUCUUUGACCCAGAGAUAUGGUUUCCUUACAAACAUAUAUUACUUGCAAGAGCAUAGAUAGCUCUAUGAACCAUGAUCUCCAUCGUGCAGCAGCAGGCUACCCGUAGCUCCAUAGUCGAGCCCUUUGGGACAACAGGCCUUCCCUAAUCCUGAAAUGGGGGGAUCAAACCUAGAUGCUAAAUAGAUAGAUCAGAAGGGGGUUUUCAUGUGGAAUGUAAAAUGACCAAAAUAUAGUUAACAUAAAAUAUUUAUUCCUUAAUAAAAUAGAUUUGAAAUCAACAGAUUUAUUGAUGGGGGUACCAAAAUAUACUUUGUGAUUAAUUUGUUAGUAUCUAUUUGUUAAUAAUAGACUGACCAUGUAGAUUCUGGCAGAUGGAACGAUGAUGUUGAAUUCUCCCAUCGAGGAACUGGCUUCUACAAAUACAUCUGUGUCGAGUAAUAUAGUCUGACCUGUUGACAGCUCUGAAUGUUGUGUCAUGUUUUGGCAUCUCUGACAUCCAUGGUGUCUUUUCUUGGCCACUUCUUUUUGUAUUGGUCUAACUAGGCAUCUUGAGUAUGCUUGGCCAUUUUUUGAACUCAGUCAGACUCAGAUUGGCAUGUCGCUGAAUUGUAUUUUGACUCCUCUGGUCACACAUCUCCAGGUAGGGCUCGGUUGUUCCUCUUUGCCAAUAGAUGGCACUGCUAUGAUAGCCAAUAGAUGACGCUACUGUUAUGCACUAUUUGGUGCACUUAAAAUUAUUUCUUAUAGUGGCCAUAACAUAUAUAUAUAUAUAUAUAUAUAUAUAUAUAUAUAUAUAUAUAUAUACAUACUUAUUUAUUAAUUUUUAAUAGUAUUUGUUCUCUAGCUUAUAUUAAAUACAAAAUAAAUUGAUUUUUGUUUCUUCUUUCAGAAGUUUAGUUAAAUGUCAGUAGUAAAUGUUACACAAGAAAAAUGUAGUGAUACUGGGCACCAAAAUGUUAAAUCAAUAAACUAUAUGAGAAAAAAAAUUUUAUAAACUCAAUUCAAAAUCAGUUUUAAUUUUGUAUGCCAAAAUCUUUAUUAAGUAGUAAGUUGACCACACAACAUAAAGAUACUGACAAGUAACAAAUGGACUUCAUCAUGAGAUAUAGCUGUAUUAAUUUUGGAUGAAAUUCGGAGACAACCUUUGGAUUGCUGAAGAAAAAAAUAAAUCUUAUGAUUGAAAGGUGGCAGACCAAUAAUUUUAUAUAUAACUUUCAGAAUGUAAAUGCAAGUAUCUAUUUGUACAUGUGUACACAAACAAGUUGUACAUGUUGUUAUCUACGUUAAGGUACGGAGCGGGACAGUAUUAGCAUUAAUACCAAAAGCACUGAUGUAAACAUUCUCAGAAUGUAUAUAUAGAAGAUUAGACAGAACAAUAAACCAGUCUUGAUUCCGACUUCAUGCGUUUCAUUUCGUGAAUCUAUUCCUUUUUUUUUUAACUGUUUCAAGUCCGUUACAAUUAACUUCGAGAUGAUAUCAUAUUAAUUUUAUCGAAUUCUAUCCUCUUCUUUCACUGACAUCUACACAAAUAUAUUUUUCCUUUAUAAUAAUAGGAGGCUUAGUGAACCCAUUGAUUGACCGAAGGAUUUGUAGAUUUUGAGUUUUGUGACUCUGGAUAGGAGUUCGAUUUAAAAAGCUUUAACAUACCAAAGUAUGCUCUAUUGCCUGCCAUGAUUAUUCCUCUUAUUUUCGGGUUAAUCAAGAUUUUGAUAUUGACUUGCACCCCAAGAUAUGUGAAACUUUCUACUGCUUCAAAAAAGUAUUCCUGGAAAACAAAAUUCUUGAAUCCGAAGUCGAUACUAUCAUAUACUUUGCUUUGAUGUCGUUGACUAUUAAUCAAAUCUUCUUACAUUCUACAACAAAUGUCAAUAGAACCUCAACUAUUGCCGCUUUGCUUCUACCUAUAAUUGCAAUGUCAUCAGCAUAUCCUAAUAUUUGUCUAGUUCAGCAUGCUAACUUACCACCUGGCAUGAUCCCUUUCACUGCAUUAUGUGGCACCAAGUUAAAUACAAUUUCUGAGAGUGCAUCUCCCUGCCUUACUCCAGAAUUAAAUUGGAAGAUUUCGCUAACCUGAUUGCCAAUUAAUACUUUAGCUUGAAUGUUCAGCAUAGUCAUUUCAAUUAAGUGGAUUAGUUUAUACGGGAUAUUAUAUUCACCCAAUGCACUAAAAAGUUGGGUUCUUUUAAUACGGUCAAAGGCUUGUUUAAAAUCUAUAAACAGUAUAUGCACAUCAAUAUCAUGCUCAUAACACUUUUCAAGCACUUGUCGUAAAAUUAAAAUUUGAUCGCUAGUACCUCUGUUA